AUGAGAAUAGUAGUACUUGGAAAUGAAUCAUUACAAUUAAGAAAAUUAGAUAAACAUUUAAUUAAAAUGCUACUCGUACAAGUCACUCUGUUACUUUUAUUUACAUUUUCUCAUGCCAUUCAAAGAUUGUAUUUAACAUUUGCACCAAAUCCAUCACCACAAUCAUUACAAGAUCCAGUACAGAACUUGAUCUUUAAUUUGUUUACUCUUUUCUCAUUUGUAGCUAGUGAAAUGCCAAUUUAUAUAUACACAUUAAGUGGUAGUACUGCUUUUCGAAAUACAUGUCUUCGUGUUGUGAAAACAGUUGUCAGUAAAAUUCGAUGUCAUUAA